CAGUGGGUUUUCUUUUCCACCGCCUUUUUCGUGCCAUGACCAUGAUUCAGAAUGCUGCUGGUGCGAUCUUGGAAGUCCUGGUAAAUCCCAUGGGCCUCCUGGACAUGGGCGUCAGUAUCAUGAGCGUUCGAGAUAGCUGGAAGCAACAUCACCAUUCACUGGAAGCAGGAGAAAGGUUCCACUUGGAAUCCAUGAAGGUCACCCAGGUGCAACACAGUGAAGCGCUACACCACGGGGUGAAGCACCAUGAGGAAGCCAUUCUGACGAGCAAGACUCAGCAUGACCAGUCUCUUCAUGUUAGCCGCGUGAUGCAUGAUGAAAGCCUUAGCCGUUCUCAGCUGCAGCAUGAGGAGCAAAUGAAGCAUAGCUACAUGGAGACAAGGCGGGAGAAUCUGCGGGACCUUCUGAGCGAGACGUUGGAUGAGGCACAGAGCACUGUCCUCAAGUCCACCUUGCUUUUCGGCUUCGUAGUGGCAGUCCUCGUGGAGGGUUUCCCGUCACCCGAGAACUCCAACGAGCGCUACAUUGACAUUUUUAUUUUCUCGGUGUCCUGGGCGAUUUGUUUGCUCUUUCAGUCCAUCGUGCUGGCAGGUUUGUACCAAGUAGUGCAGACGCGAGCCUUGCGCGAGAUGAUUCGAAAUUUGCAGGCCUCCGCCACAGACGACAGCUCGGAGUUGCGGCGGAGCAACACCAUGGACAGUGGCUUCACCUCUCUGUCAGACGGCUGGGCGGAUCUGGAAGGCCCAGGGUCGCAGGAGCCCCGGCGGCCAAGGCUGCUGGGAGCAAGACCCUACAGUUUGAUGCACCCCUCCUCGCAGCGGUUGACCAGGCACAAGACGGAAGAAUCCAACUCCUUUGGCUCGCAAAGCACCAAGGAUUCUGGCGGCAGCUCCCGGGUUCGUGACGUGCCCACGUUGCACGUUUUCGACCCCAAGCGUUUGCUCUACCGGAGCCAGGCUAAGAAGUUCGUGACGGUGGGCAGUCUCUUCACGCUGAUUUGUCUCGCAGGAUUGAUCUACGGACGGCUGUCCAUGCGGAGGGGGAACAAGCACGGUGAAGGCGUUCCGGAUGUCCUUCUGCGUUUAGGCAUCUUCCUACCUCCCUUUGUUUCCGCGACCUUCUCCUUGCUGCUCCGGAAGAACGCGAACCCGAACCGGUCCACAUUGGCAGUGCAGAGUCUCGCUUGGCUUUGCUUCUUCGUGUCCUUGAGCUUCUUGCUGGUGACGUCGGUCGUGUGGCACGCCUCUGCACCCAGCAUCAAGGUGGCCCAGCGCGGUCCAGAGCUCGAGGAGAUUUACCUCAAAGGUGUUUCUUUAGAGAUGAGCUGGCCCAUGUUCUUCCACCCGACCGGCGUUGCCGCCAACGGCAACAUAUUGCUCCUCAGCGCUGCCUUUCGCUUGGCCCGCUACGAGCUCCAAGUGGACGAAAGCAAAGCGCAAUGCGCCCGUUUGCUGAACGAAGUGACUUUGCCCGCGCUGGAGAUCGGUGAUCUCACUUUCUCCCCAGACAACUCCACGGUGGCCUUGGCGGGGCGGGACAUGGUGUGCUAUUUGCCUUCUGCUUCGAUGGAGCUUGGAAGCCCAAGGCUCUCCUGGCGGUCCUUGCCCUCCAGCCACUUCGGGCGAAGUCACCAGGAUCCAAGUGAUCCCAGUGCUGAGGCUCUAGAGGCCUUGGCAUACUGGCCCCAGCAGGACAUGUUGGUGGUCAGCAAGGCCGACUUGGGCAUCGUUGCUUGCAAGGCGCAUGAUGAGCAAGGACACGUCCAGCCUUUGGUCCAGGCAGAGAUGAUGAUCAUGGAAAAGUUCGGUGCUGGCAUCAGUGUGGCUGGACUCCACGUGGACCCCAUGGAGGAGGUCUUGUACGUUUUGUUCCAUCGCACGGGACGUCAUGCAGAGAUCCAUGCGAUCGACUUGCGCGACGAUCUGGGUAAAGUGCUCCAUGUUUUUCACCUGCCCGAUCUGGAUGCCGCCGAUGGAGCAGAAGCGGACCACGACGUGGUG